GAAGUUCUACGGAGACAAUAAGGUAAAGUUUCCUCGGAAUGGGGAACGAGAUCUCUAGGUGUAAGAUGGAGAGUCCGCUGAAGGACGUUCUCAAGGCCAAUGGUACCCCGUUAAAGACGAAAACGGCUCGUACCUUUUUAAGAGAAGUGGCUGAAGUAGCUCCCUGGUUCAUAGAUGAAGGGCUCUUAAAUAUGCCUCAGUGGGAGCACUUAGGAGAAGAUUUGAAAUGCUGCCCAUCGGUGACCCCGGGAACUCUUGCCGUUUGGUCAUUGGUAAAGGUAUGCCUACAGUCCACUAGAGAGCCCUUGAAACAGGCGGUGCAACAGGGAGGAGAGGUUCUGGAACAAGUAAGGGAGGAAUCUCGUAAGGGGUCCUCUAAGGAUUCUGACCCCGGGAGUGAGAGCUCGGAAGGACUUUCAGAUAGUGAGUUGCAAGAGAUAGGGGAAAAGGAAGUCGGUGAGAAGAAGAAAUCUUACAGUUUUCAGGCCCUUCAGGAUUUAGAAAUCAUACGGCAACAGUUUGAGAGCAAGGAGACGGGGUUACAGAAGGUGUUGGAGGAGUUAAAAAUGCAGAGGGAGGUCGUGACGCAGCUGAAGGCCGAAGUGCAGGCUGAAGCGGCAGCGCAGCCAGAAUUGAAAGCGGGAAUCACUGAUAAGGCGCAGCUGGAAUUGGAGGCGAAUGUUGUGCCGCCUCCGCUUUCAAACCCCUCAGCGCCGCCCUGUGAGUGGGCCCCCCCCCCCCAUCGGCCCAGCUGCGCCAAGACGUGUCAUUGUUCAGAGUGUAAGGCACAAAGCUGGAGAGAAGUCCUUGGCCCGGGAAAAGGCUUUUUUCCAGUGUUAGAAGAUCAGAAUCAGCAGAGGUACCACCAGCCACUAGAUUUUAAGUUGGUAAAACAGCUUAAGGAGGCAGUCAGUGCCUAUGGACCUCAGGCCGCCUUUACAGUUUCCUUGGUGGAGUCACUGGGGGCAUUAUUCCUUAUACCAGAAGAUUGGGCCAAUCUUACUAGAGCAGUCUUAAGUGGAGGACAAUAUUUAGAGUGGAAGAUUCAAAAUCAAGACAACUGUCAGGAUACAGCACGGAGAAAUGCAGCUGCAGGUAACCCGCAGUGGGACCUGGACAUGCUCACAGGUGCAGGGCCAUAUCUUGGGGCCCAGGCUCAAAGUGUUUAUCCUCCUGCGGUAUACCAGCAGACUAGCCUUAACAGCAGCAUCUCCGUCUGCCCACGGGUCCUGUCCCUGUGCUUUAAUAAACCACCAUUUUGCACCAAAGAUGUCUUAAGAAUUCUUUCUUUAGUCGUCAGCUCCGAACCUCACCCCACCGAACCUAACUUAGGUUCUGGAACUUCAUCAUUUUUGGCGAGCCAGCCAGGAGAUUCAUGAGUCUUUAUAUUUGGACUCUGAGCUUCGGUGCAAAAUUGGAUGCGCCUGCUCCACUCUGGGUGCCGGAACGCCUCACCAGGCUGGUGGCCGUGGAACCUGUGGAGGAUGCUGGUGAUGAUGAUGAUAGCGACGACGACUGUCCUGCAGCCUGUUCCCAUGAAGGCGGAGCCAGUUCAACUGUGGCCGAGACAAGAGACUGCCCAGCUUCAGCCCCUUUUUCAAAUAGCUCAGCAUAGAGUGCAUUUUUCUCACCCGAACUCAUGUUUGCUACUGAUGCUUAUCUUAAUGCAACAGGUGUUGGCAGCCCAGGGCUCAUUAUAUUGGGCAUACGUCCCCGAUCCACCCCUAUAGCUCAUAACAACUUAUCCUUAGCAGUUAACUGUUGCUCAGCUUGCUGAAAACUUUGUAAACUCCUUGUUUUCUCACUUCCCUUCCCUGACGCAUGCUUGGUAUGUUGUAGGAACAAUUAUAGGAGUGUUAGUGGUAAUUGUUCUUUUCAUGUGCUUCUUGCCCUGUGCACUUAAAAUCAUACUAGCAGAGGUUUAUAAGUUAAGAGCCAUUAUACGCAACCAUCAGCUAAUCAACCGCAGUAAGCUCAGAGAGCGGCCUUAAACGCCGCUCAAGUAUCUCUUGGCUCCUCCUCCUUAAGCUGUUAUGACAAUCAAUCUCUUUCCUCAAACUAGGCAGGCAUAAGAGCCUUGACGAUUCUGGCUCAAGUACUCCUUCAAAAAUGCAUCUGUAGAAUUGUAUGACAACAACGGCUACAGCGGCGGGCUUAGGUCUAAGCCAUGAUGGCUCUAGAGGCUGGUAUCUCCCCCCAGAUAUGGCUAGUACGCUGGGUCGGUAGCCAAAGACGGGUAAGACUGAUCCCUCACCAUAGCAACCUAAGACAGGGGCUCCUCGGCCAAGGGGAGUGCCCGAUGAUGGGUAAGCAUGUGUGCUGAGGAUUGGCAACCUAAGACAGGCACGAUCCCUGCCAUAUACAAAAUAAAAAAGGGGGAGCUGUGGAGAGCCAUCCAGCAGAUGCAAGGAGUCACGUAGACGGAUGUGCCCGUGGAUUGAGGAAAUGAGGAUGAUUGGUUGAGGAGAAUGUGGGCGCGCUCGUGAUCGGCGCGUGAACAGCACUAGGAGCCAAGAGAUAUAUGCAUGAUCACUGCUAGAGAACAAAAGAAUCCUGCUCGGUUACAUAAGAGCGCACGAGGGCACUGCAUGCACGGCAUUCUGAUUGGGCAGGAAGGGGGGCGUACACACGUGCAUAUAUACUGCUGUAAGUGCUUGGUGCGGCGCGGCCGCCAUUAGCAUUAGUACAUUAGCUUUAGUAAUAAAAGAAGUUUGCCACUCA